AUGUUUGGUUGGUUGAAGAAGGAUUCUAAUGAUACAGGUGUUGGGCAGGAUUUUGUACAUGUGAUAUCUCCUCUUGAUGAUAUAAAAAGCGCUUUAAAUGAAGCUAUAGCAGGCAAGUAUUCAAAAUUAGAUGAGGUUGUAAAGAAUAUUGCAAACUAUAAAGACCAAUUUGUUGUGUUGGAGACUGAAAGCUUCAUGAAUUUCUAUAAACAACAACUUCAUUUAGUUUUAACAGGAAGUUAUCUAUAUAAUAUAUUUUUUCCAUAUAACCUUAAUCAAGAAAAGUUAGUACAUAAGUAUCGUAUAAGCGAACUUGUAUUACUAGCAAUUGCAGCUAACGAUCAGCUUGCUGAAAAAUACCAUGAGGUACUUUUUGCUGAGGAAAAUUUAAGUCUUUUACCACUGCUGAUAGGUGGUAAGCAGUAUAUAUCAGAAUUUAUAAAAAGAUUUUCUGAGCUUUAUCAAGAGCAAAAAUUGAAAGAAAAAACAAUUACAGUAUCAAGUGGGAAAACUAUAGGCUUCUUUUCAGUCAUAGCUGCUAAUAAAUAUCAAGAGUUGUUAAAGGCGGUUCUUACUCCAGAUGCUCUUGGUGAUCUUAAAUUGGAAUUGCAAAAGGCUCAAGAAGAUCCUCUGUAUGGUGUGCUUGAAUUGGCAGCCCUAAUGGAAAAUCAAGUAUUUAUAGAGAAAGUGUUAGAAUCCAUAGAACAAGAUAUCAGUAAUAAAAGUAGUAAAGAUAAUGAAAGUGGCGAGGAUGAGUUAUUAUUAAAAAGAAGCUUUAUCACUUUACUUGCUACUGCAGUAAGUCAAGAACAUAAUUCGAUAGUAACAUAUUUAUGUGAAAAAUGUACUAAAAAUGAAGAUUCGGUAAUUCAGGAAGCAUACAAAGAAACACUUUCUGAUGAUAAGAUUAUCAAACAAAUUAAUAAACAAAUUUUAAGGAAUAUAAAUGGUGCAGGCAAAGGUCGUCGAAGUAAAGAGCAAAAGAUGUAUGAUACAAUUCUACAAACCGCUUUAUGUGUUAACAAUAUGGAAUUUGUAGCAAAAAUCUUAGAUAGUAUUGAAAGUAAACCACAGAUUUCUACUAUUGAUGAAGAUGGAAGAGAUUUUUUACGGAACAGUCUAAAUACUAUUUUAGAACAUGCAGAAGGCAGAACCUUAAUUAAAAAGAGAAUGUCUGCUAAACCGGAUGGUAACGUUAAGAAAAUAUACACUGAGGUGUAUAAUAAUAGGAAAGCUCUUGAUCCAACACAAAAAACCGAUACAACAGUUAGUAUGGAACAAGAUGCUACAGAAUUAAAUUUUCAGGGGAAACAUACAAUGACUAAGGAAAGAAAAAAUCCAACAGCUCAAGAAGAAUUACCUCUUUCAGAUGAUAAAGAUGACAGUGGGAUUGACAGUGGAUCAGCUACUGCUAGCAUACAAAGUUUAUCAAGAGCAUCUGGUAGUACUGGAAGCGAUACUUCUUUGCGCGGAGGAGUACUAACCGAUGAUGAAAGUCAGGAUGAAGAAAGUAAAGAUCAAAAGCCUGUAAAGCAAGUACAUUUUCCAAGUGAUG